AUGGGCAAGAAAAAACAGAAGUUAGUGCGUCAUACUGCUGAGCAGCUUGCAGACACGCCUUCAGCCAACAUCCACACGGCCUCCAUGUACACAUUCCAAUCUGGCAAGCCCUUAGUACGCACGGAGUCCCUGGUUGGCGCCCAUGUUGCUCCCACAACUGUCCCCCCUACGACUCUUCUCCGUAAUGAGGAUUCACCACCAGCAUCUAACCAAUGGCAAAUAUACCAAGCUGGCUCUUUCCUCGACUAUAUGCCGAUUCCUGACGAGUUUCGCGUCGAGACUGAGACUUCGAAGAGGAAACGCACAGCCGGGGUAACAUGGCAGCCGGAAUGCCCCACAUUUUUGGACGAGAUGAUUCGCCUGGAAGGCCGCGGAGAUUACGCCGAGGAUUCUGUCUGUCGACACUGUCAAGAACAUGCCCCAACCAUCCGAUGCGCAGAUUGCUUCUUACAGGAACUCUACUGCCCUUCACGCUGGAAUGGUAACUACUUCGAACGAAUCACCCUCAAGUCAUUGGGGUUACGCAUUCAGCUGGGGCACCGUAUCGGAGACACGUGCUGCAACCCUCACCGUGCGUUCAAUGACGACUUCAUAAUAAUCGACUCGACUGGAAUACAUGAAGUGGGACUGGAUUUCUGUGCUUGUGGGACCAUGCAAACACACGUUAAGCAACUGCUACGCUCUCGACUCUUUCCAGCAACCGUUACUGACCCCAAAACUGCGGCUACUUUCGGCGUGCUCGAACAGUAUCACUUACUGUCUUUUGAGUCUAAAGCCUCCGCGUUUGAGUUCUAUCAAGCCCUCGCGCACUUAUCCAACAAUACGGGCAUGGAUCCGCCAAAGGACCGUUAUCCUACAUUCUUGCGAGUAGUGCACGAAUGGCGAAUCCUCAAGUUGCUCAAACGUUUCGCUCGGGGACACUGUCCGGAUGGCGUCGUGACAACAGAGCCUGGACAGUGCGCAGUGCUCUGCCCUGCCUGUCCGCACCCCGGAAAAAACCUGCCGGAGAACUGGGAGAACGCCUCGCUUGAUAAGCGAUGGCUGUAUGCUUUAUUCGUUGGCAUCGAUGCCAACUUCCGUCUGAAGCGGAAGUUGGUAUCAAGUGAUAUUGUUGAUCCUGGAGUCAGUAAGGGAUGGUCGUAUUUUGUGGAGGAGAAGGCGUACAAAUCAUAUCUAGAAGACAAUAAAGACCGGAACCAGGAGCGCAGUACAUGCGCCAGUCACAAUGCUGUGAAUAUGGCCGAUACAAAGAAGUCUAGAGGCCUUGCCGCUACAGGUGUUGGGACGGUGGAUUGUGCCAGGCACAAUAUGAAACUUCGCAACGCAGUUGGUGACUUACAGAAGGGCGAGAAGUACAUUAAUAUGGAUUACCUAUUUUUUUCGGCAAUGAAACACCACGACGUCAUCGUUCUCAACAUAUCAUACGAUAUCGCGUGUCAAUGGUCCAAGCAUCUGUGGUCGCGGAUGUCAAAGCUUCCUUCCGCGUUUCAUCUGGAUCACGACAACAAACAGGUCAACUUUCUUAUUCCAAAAUUCCAUCUACCGGCCCACAUCGAGCCAUGCCAGAUUGAUUUUUCUUUUAAUUUCUCUCGGCAUGUUGGUCAUACUGAUGGCGAAGCUCCGGAACGCGGGUGGGCUAAUAUUAACCCGAUCGCAUCAAGCACCAAGGAGAUGGGCCCAGGCUCUCGGCGUGAUACACUCGAUGACCAUUUCGGUGAUUGGAAUUGGAAGCGUGUUGUCCAGCUUGGACGACUCACUGCUCGAAAAUUAGCAAACGCCGUGGAGCAAAAAGCCGAUCAUCAACGCGAGCUUUUGGAACUUGAAAGCUGCCUGCAAGCACAAGAUAUUUCCGAAUGGAGAAUUGACAUAGAGGCUUGGGAACUGGAUCGCAUGCAGCCAAAUCCAUUCAAGGUCCGAGUAGCACAUAUGUGUUUUUCCGAGACACAGGCUGCUAUUCGUCUAGAACUCGCACGUAUUGAAGCCGCAGAACUUGAGUCUGGCACAAAUGUCUCCCUUCAUGCAGAAGUCCCCCCCUCGGUAUUAAUCAGUUCUGCAAUUGACCUAGAAGAUCAACAACGACCACUCGGCGCCCAUGCAACCGACCACCAACUCGCUAAGGUCCAGCUGCAUGCCAAUACAUUACGCAGGAAAGUUGAUGGGUGGCAGGAGAUCCAAUUGCUUUAUAUGCCAUUCGUGUCUCGCCUACGCGCCAAUGAAGAUUGUGCACGCUCCUCUACGGAUGCAACACCCGCUGUCGAAGCUAUUAAUCUGUGGCUACCAUCUGCAGUCGGCCCAGACACACAGUGUCCUACUCAGCUUCAUCGCUUCGAAUGGAUGUUACGCUACGCCCAAGCAAAUGAUGCGUUAAAGGACAUUCGAAAUCUUUUGCGUCUCCGCUCACACCUAUAUAAAUUCAAGGAUAACAACAUCGUCGGCCAAGCAGCUAAUACCCGCGCAAGAAGUACUAUCAAUAAGACCGAUGUCAAAGUCAGCAUGGCCGCUGAGCGUUAUGAAGUUGCGAGGGCGGCGCUCACUGCUCUGGCGCAGAUUCUCGAUGAAGGCCCGGCCUGGCAAGAUAUAUUCAAGCCUCUCAAUCGCAACAGGGACCUGAAAUCGUUGAAGGACAUGUGGGAAAAGGAGACGGAGGGGACGAGACACCUGUCGUGGAUCUGGAAGACACCGGGGGUGGCAGAGGACGCCAGUGUUGGCCUACAUGAUGCCCUUCGUAUCGAAUGGUGCAAGGCGCGCGCGCGCGCGAUGCGAUGGGAGGAGGAGGUCAAUUUGCUGAAGGAGGAGCAACGGCGGGUCAUUGCAUUCCUGGACUGGCAGGCAGACUGGUGGUGGUGUCAAAGACAAGGCCGCGAUUCAGAACACUUGGAUGACUGCUUGAGGGAAGGUUUGAAGGCCUAUGCCGAAUGCCAGGCAUCGCUGCGCAGGGCUUUAUCGGCUCAAUUUCAGGCAUUGUGGACGACACCUACCCUCCCAGCAGCAACAAGCAUCGACACAGCAACAUUCACUGUUUGA